CCUCCCUCCCUCCCUCCCUCCCUCCCUCUGUCUCUCUCUCUCCCUCUCUCCCGCUCUUCAAAUACUACAAAGCAUCAUAUUUUUGUUCAGUAAUUUUUUUACCAUUUAUAUAAGUUAUAUUAUAUCAACAUUUACAAAGGUAAACACAAAAGAGGAUUUGUAUAAUAUAAUUCGAUUGUUAAAUUAUCUCAAUAAUUAUAUUAUUUUGUGAUACACAAUUUGUAUGCAUAAUUAUUGUUAUGUAACUAACAAUAAGUUACUUGAAAGAUUAUAAUAGUUUAUUAUACGUACACAUGCAUGUUCAUCACUCCUUAAGCGUUUCAAUUGUUUGUGCCACAAGUAAGCACUACUAAUUGUAAAACCUUGUAUAACUUGACGCGCAUACAUGUGUGUUGCGAUCGUAUAAUGCUCGAAUAGAAGUUACACGUAUCGCAACGCAUAAUUUUCCGCAUGCAUACCACUCUAAUUAGAACUGAUUUAUAAUACAAAUUAAACUCGUAUAUCUGCAGUAGAAAACCGGUUCCAGCCAGCAGUGUUCGCUAAAUCUCUCAACGGUUCGCUUUACUAGCUUUGAAAAUAUCAUAUUGAAAAUUCGGAAGGAAAGAAAAAGAGAUAUUUUUCUAUUCAGAUACAAUAAAGUACAUUUUAAGCUGCAAUUCAAAUUGCAAUGUCAAUAAUGAAAAGAAUCACAUUAGAAGAAGAAAUGAAGAAGAAUCCUCAACUGAAGCUAUCCGAUAUACAAUCACUGAGAGAGUGGUGCGAGAAACAACCGCACUUGCCAAAAAUCGAGGAUAGUUUUCUCGCCUUAUUCCUUCACAGUAAUUAUUAUCAAAUGGAACCAACGAAAAACACAAUCGAAAAUUACUACACAACCAGGACGCAUUUACCAGAAUUUUUUUGCAAUCGGGAUCCGCUCGAAGAAAAGAAACUACAACAAGCCUUCAAAGUCACGGCUAUACUUUCCCUAAAUGGAAUAACAAAAGACGGUUACAAGAUUAUAUAUGGAACAUAUCUGGACCCCGAUCCUUCUAACUAUAUCUUCAAUGACAACGCGAAAUAUUCCACGAUGUUACACGACAUAUAUUUUCUGACGGAUGGUACGAACAACGGUUAUACUUAUAUUGUCGAUGCUAGUAAACUAUCAUUUGGUCAUGUCGCGCGAAUGAGUCCAUUGGGAUUGAAGAAAAUGUUGUACUACAUCCAAAAUGCGGCACCGAUGCGUCUAAAAGGAAUCCAUGUCAUAAACGCGCCAUCCGCCAUGGAAUUGUUUAUGAACACGGCGAAACCUUUCAUGAAGAAAGAGAUAAUGGACAUAAUACAUUUUCAUCCAUCGUUUAAGAGCCUUUCCGAAUAUAUUCCGGUGGACGUGCUGCCGAACGAGAUGGGGGGAAAAGCAGGCUCUGUACAUGAAUUAGCGGAAAUUCAAGUGAAGAAACUCGAAGAUUAUCGCGAAUGGUUCCUGCUAGAUGAGGUAAAUAGACGCGUUAAUGAAGCGUCGAGAAUCGGCAAAAGCAAGUCAGUGAACGAUUUGUUCGGUAUAGAGGGUAGUUUUAAAAAACUCGAUAUAGAUUAAUAUAUUAGAUAAUUUUUUUAUAUAUUUUAAUAUAGCUGAUUAUUCCAUUUUUAUUUAAUCUCUUUUGUAAUAUAUUAUUUUGUACCUUGCACUUUACGUAACGUUUUACGUAAUCGUGCAUCGUGCAUCUAUCCGAGUAAAAACAAUUAUUUAUGCGAGAAUGUCGUAAUCGCUGCAAUUUAUUAAUAAUUUAUUAGUAAUUGUUAAUAUACACGGUAUCGCAGAAUCAAUGUAUCACAAGAAUAGCAAUUACAAGAAUAGCAAUAAUAUCAAGUUUAAUUAUAAAAUUGUAUAGUAGAGACUGAAAAAGAAAUUUUAGUAAAUAAUAAUCUCCAUUUUGAUAUUUCCGAUUAAAAGUUUUUUGUUGUUAAAGAGUACGAGGUCAGAUUUUGCGAUACCUUGUAUGUCAGAGAUAUCUAUCUGGUGAUGUUGCGCGCCGGGAGCGAGCAAAAACAGAAGAUGAAUAAAAAAGCAACAAACGAUCGCUUGCUCGCCAACAUCUAAUAAAUAUCUAAAAUCUAAACGAUCUUGUGAUAAAAGUUCAAGGUAUAAACAGGUGCAAUAAAUUUUCAUUAUAUUUUAUGCAAAUAACAUAGACAAUCUAAAGGUACAAAAUCCAAUUAAUUUAUAUAUACUUUUGCGUUCUAAUAGUACUAGAAAUUUCACAUAUUAUACCUACAAUAAAAGCGAUGGAAUAUUUAUAAGAUUAGGUCGCAAAGACCAUGAGAUAUCAAGUCUUUUUUUAUUGAAACAGUUUGAGUCCUGACUAAUUGUUUAGACUAGCUUCUAAACAUUGUGAAUAAUAAAGUGAAAGAAAAAAAGAAUUUUAAAAAUAAUCACAUUAUUAUAUAUAAAUCUAUCAUAUUUGUGCAACACAUCCUAACACUGCAAGGAGAUAACAAAGUAUGUAAAAAAUAUUGUAAAAAAUUAUUUUCUUAAAAACCAAAAGGUAUUAAAUAUGAAAUAAUCGGAGUUCUAUUAUUAUUAGAAAAUAAUAAAUGUUAAACAGUAUUACCUAAAUCACUAUCAGUUUAUUGAAUUGUUAAUCCAGUUUUUAAAACAUUUAUUAUAGAAAUUUAUACUUUUAUAAAUAACUAUUUUGUAUACUUAAAUUCAUAUGCGCGCGUGCGCGCGCGCAAGCUACAAUGAAUCGGGCUUGAGUUAAUAGAAAAAUAUAAAUCUUAUAAGUAGCGAUAUCGACGAGAUAUAAAAAAUAUUUCCCGUAAAAAAAGAAAAGGUAAAAAAAAGACGUACGUGCUGACGAUAUCACAAUCGGGAAUUAUCAUGUCGUUAGGAAUUAUAUUUACGUACAUUUAUAUUGUAUCUAGAACUUGUUCAAUAAAUUGAGUGGUUGUAACGCUUUCAAUCAAUGAAUAAUAAACACAUAAUAUCAAAUAAA